GUUGUUUUUCAUAAUUAAUAUACAAAUGAUUUCGCAAGUAAUUACACCUAAAAUGAUUGAUAUCAUGGAUACGAAAAGUUUUAUUAGCGAUAAAACUGCUAAUAAUAUCUACGAUUACGAGAUGUUUGGACAACAAGUGGUUGAGUCGUGUCUUGAGUUGGAAACUAAAAACGAUUUCAAGCGUCUGAUGUCUACAUUUGAGACAAUACUCUAUGACUGCGACGGUUUGCUUAACUUAUUGUCCGCUGAAGAUAUCGAUGACGGCGUUAGACAGGAAAUUGUUACCGAAAUCAGACAAGUACUGCAAAAAUUACAAAAACUGGGUAAACAAGUGAUUUAUACGACAAAUACAAGUCAACUGACACGCGAUCAGAUGCACGACAGACUCAAAUCGGCGGCCAUUGAGACUCAAUUGGAUCAACUGUUUCCGACAUCGUAUGUCUGCGCCGUCUAUCUGAAAGCCAUUGGUUUUGACCGACAAGUGGUAGCCGUUGGGUCGGAUGCAACAGUUCACGAGUUGACUGAAAUGGGCAUUCAAUGCACAGACUUACCCACUCAUUGUACACCAAACCGGAAACAACUGGGCUUUGCAUCAUUCAAACUGAAUCCGGAUGUCGGCGCCGUUAUCAUUGCCAAUGAUCAGUACAUACCAUUGCCAACACUGGUCAAAGCCUGUGCCUAUGCGUCAAAAUCCGAUUGUUUAACAAUAGUGACCAACAGUGAUAUGUCGGACAGUUUAAUAGCAGACAAUUGUUGCCACAAACCUGACAUAAGGGUUGUGGCCAACAAAGGUUUCGUAUCACUGGCCAAACCUCACUAUUUCUAUUGGAAAUGUAUUCAACAAAAGCACAGAGACUUAAAUGUAGACCAAUGUCUUAUAAUUACCGAUGGACUGGACAGGGAUAUAGAGUUUGGUUGUAAUGUUAAUAUCAGAACACUGUUUGUUAAAUCAAAUACCAAUUGCUUGAAGACUACUACCACUACWACUGACCAAUUAUUUUAUGAUAAAUUAAAUAAUAAUAACAAUACUAAUAAUUGUCUACCUGUUCCUGAUUAUUAUGUGGACAGUUAUUCAACGUUUAAUAAUUAUAUUUAA